GGUUGAGUGAGCAGCUAACUCCAUGCUAGACCCAAACAGCUGAUUAGCAUAAAGGCUAUGAGGCCAGCAGGGUCUCUGGUUGUCUGCUGUACGCAAACGUCAACAUUAGAGCUGAAGUUAAACGAUGCGAUGAGAUUAAUGAAUCUGGAAAUAAUCCCGUUUAAGGGCUGUGAGAGAUACUAACCAGCGUGCUAACAACUAGUUAGCCCUGUUAGCUCCGCUCACAAUAAUAAUAUCAACAGCGGCUGUAUUCCGGCACAGUCCCGUCGCUUUAAACGCCAAAAAACUUUAGAAUUUAAACAAUCCAAAUGGAAACAAACCCGCCGAAAAGACGAGACAACAAGAAGUCUCUUCGGGUGAAGGUGAUUAGCCUCGGAAACGCCGAGGUCGGAAAGAGCUGUAUCAUCAAGCGUUACUGCGAGAAGAGGUUUGUUCCAAAGUAUCUGGCAACCAUUGGAAUCGACUAUGGCGUCACCAAAGUUCAGGUUCGAGACAGAGAAAUCAAGGUGAACAUCUUUGAUAUGGCCGGCCACCCGUUCUUCUAUGAAGUGCGUAACGAGUUCUACAAAGACAGCCAGGGCGUGCUGCUCGUGUAUGAUGUCGGCCUGAGGGAGAGCUUCGACGCCCUCGACAGCUGGCUCGGCGAGAUGAAACAAGAAAUGGGCUCUCAGGCCAACAUGGACAGCAUCGUGUUCGUCGUCUGCGCCAACAAGGUGGACCUGACGAAGCGGCGAGUGGUGGAUGAGGGCGAGGGGCGCCUGUGGGCAGAGUCCAGAGGCUUUCAUUACUUUGAGACAUCAGCACAGAGCGGCGAGGGCAUCAACGAGAUGUUUCAGGCGUUCUUCUCCUCCAUCACUGACAUGUGCGAGAACGGCGGAAAGCGCCCGGUGUCGGAGGUCAGCGUCGGCUUCACCAAAGAGCAGGCUGACACCAUCCGGCGUAUCCGCAACAGCAAAGACUCGUGGGAUAUGUUGGGAGUCAAACCCGGGGCCACGCGGGAGGAGGUGAACAAGGCGUACAGGAAGCUGGCGGUCCUGCUGCACCCAGACAAAUGUGUUGCCCCCGGCAGUGAAGACGCGUUCAAGGCGGUGGUGAACGCCCGCACCUCACUGCUAAAGAACAUUAAAUAACACACACACACACACACAGAAACAACUGGACCUGCUGUCACUCAGACACGAACUGAUGACAAACUUUAUUUAUUUAUUUAUUUCUGUAUUUAUUCAGCGUACGUGUCAUGUGUGCCAUUUUGCUUGCCACAGUGCGGUAUGCCAACAUAAACCAGUUUUAACUUAUUAUAUGAUAUUUUAAACACUACACUGGAGAGAGUAUGGAAGACGAUGAGUGCCACACAAAUGAAAAAGAUACAAACUCUGUGAAAAACAUUUCAAAAUUAAAUUAUUUCAGAUUUUUACUCUUUAAAGGUACUUGUCCUGUGUGUGUCCACUUAAAGCUGUCAAAAACAAAUUAAAGGCAUAAUCACUUAAACUGCAUGCUGAAUAUUUAAAAAAAAGAACUUUAAAUUUCAAUGUAGCAAAAACCUGCCAAAUCCUCAUCAUCAAAAACGAAUCUGAAACCAAAAUGGGUUAAACUUGUAGGCACGGUGGAGUUAAACUACCAGCUUUGCUUUCUUUGUGACUGGAAAUAAACCCAUCAAAAUGUUCUUUUCUGUAAUGUCGGAGUUAGUUUAAUGUACUUCUCCUGGACAAAUCAGAAUACUUUAUUGAUCCCUUAGGAAACUAUGUGAAACUACUUAGCUAUGUUCAUGUCAAUGUCAAUUAGGUCGCCCACACAUGCUACCCCAUUUAAAUUAAUUUGUUUCCGUAAGUGGCUGCUUUGGUCCCUGAAUUGUUUAUAUGGAGCUCCUCACAUUUGUUCCCUGAAAAAGCAUAUCUCUACUCUCACACUACUAAUUUCCUUCAUUAAAAUCACUCACCCCAAGUAGCUAACUUGUUCCCUUAACUGGUUAAUUUAACCUGUUUCUCGAUUGAUUAUUGGCCUAAAAGUUUAGUUUGUGUCCAAACUAUUAAUUUUAAUUUUUUUGUACAUUUUUUGUUUUAUUGACUUACUCCAUUAUUUCUCUAAUUUGUUCCCUCUGACUGUGGAUAAAGUGAAAAUAUUAAUGCAUGUCCUUAAAUCACUUUUUUCUCCAAAGUGCCAACCUAUUCUUUUAACUCAUCGAAUAGUUCGCUAGACAUAUUUUUAAGUCGUGUUUCUUUAAAAUCAAUGGAAUCAUUUAUGCAUGUUUAUAUUUUCUUGGUUUGUUGCCUCAGUUCAUUAAUUUUUUUUCCCUCAAACUGCCAAAUAUUGUAUUGGUUCCCUAAUGUUAUUUGUUAUUACAUUUAUCCCAGGUAAACUAUUACCUAAAAAUAUAUAUUUAAAAAAGGAAUAACUGAUUUAUUUCUUUGGCAGUUGAUAGAAAUUACACAUUUUGUUAAGAUUCAAAAUUCCUUAUUGGUUUUCUUAUUAAGUUAUUUUCAUUUUAAGAAAAAUGAACAAAAUAUUUCUUGAAGAAAAACAAAUAAAAAAAAAAUUCAACAUGGUCAUCCCAUCACCACAUUUUAAUGUGUGAUUCGUCUUCCAUGAGAUGAGAGUCAUAGUUGAUGUUUACAUGAUGGUAAUUAACACGAUUGGUUGUUAAACGAGAGACUUGUGCCCGUUUACUGACUUUGUAUCACACAAAAUGUCUUGUUAAAGCAGAAAAGUGUUUCAUAUUGUAAAGAACUCAUAGGCAGCAUGAAUAUGUUAUCAUAGUUUUAUAUUUUUACAUAUGUGCAACCACAGGAAUUAACUUAAAACAAUCCAGAAAGAGGUUCCACUUGUUGCUUUAAUGUGAUUUUUAUCGUUAUGCUUUAAAGUUCAAGUCAAUUGAUCUUGAUUAGAACAUAUUGCAAAUGUGGCUUUUUAUCAACAUUUUACAUCAGCCCUGUUAAUACUCAACUAUAUUAAUAUCUGUGGAUGUGAAUAUAUAUAAUAUUUUCAAAAUACUAAAUUGUAAAGCAACUUUAAUUCAGUUUGCCACAGAAGUGAUAAGAUUGAAAGCCAAACCAGUGAAUUGAGAAAAGUAAAAAGAGAGAGUAGUGAGAAAAGAUAAUAUUAAAUUAUGUGAAAAAUAUUACAAAAGACUAUUUUCAAACAAAAAAUCUGUAAUGAUUUAUGCGUUUUAUAUUAUGAAAAUUUCUUAAAGGGAUUUCAAAUCAUUUAAAUCCCUUUAAU